AUGUCCGAAGUCAAAGGGUACCGCAGGCCAGAGCAUGGCGUCUUCCGCUUCUUACCGGACGCCUGGGUCCCGUACGCCGAGCUCAUGCGUCUCGACCGGCAGGCAGGCUUCUGGGCCUUCUACUGGCACUACCUGAUAGGGCUCGGGUUCGCCAUCAACAUCCCCCCGUUCUCCAGCGACAUGGACUUGACCACCCUUGCCUUCCUCGCGGGAUACCUCUGGGUCUGGACCACGCUCUUCCGCGGCAUCACCUGUACGUGGAACGACAACCUGGAUCAGGAUUUUGACCGCCAGGUGGCUCGCUGCCGCGUGAGACCCAUCCCGCGGGGUGCCGUCUCAACCGCGCAGGCACACAUCUUCACUGCGGCGCAGAUUGCGGUUGGGGCCGCCAUCUUGUACCCGCUGGGCGGUUCCGUGUCGACCCACGCCGUCUUAGGCGCCGUGCUUCUGUUCAUCUACCCUCUGCUGAAGCGCUGCACGAACUACCCCCAGGUCGAGCUGGGCUUUGGGCUCUCGUACGCCAUCUUCUUGGUGGCGGCCAUGGUCGGCAAGGACCCGUUGGCACCUCUGUUCGACCCGUCGUCGUCGUCGUCGUCGUCGUCGGAUCUGUCUGCUCGGCUGAUCACCGUCGCCGAAUCGCCACUGGCCCGGUCGGCUGGGUAUCUCUACUUCUCCGGCAUUCUGUGGACGGUCAUCUUCGACACCAUCUAUGCUCACCAGGACUAUCUCGACGAUUUGAAGGCCGGCGUCAAGGGUCUCGCCGUGCGACUCGGCCGCAAGGGAACGAAACCCGCUUGCUACGUCGCGGGCGCGGUGCAAAUCUUCUGUCUGGUGAAAGCGGGCCAGUUGGCGGGGUUCGGCGAGGCGUACUACGCCAUCUCGUGUGGCGUUACUGCUCUCGUGCUGGCGUGGAUGAUCGCGGUGGUCGACUUGGAAAAUGGCGACAGUUGCGCUUGGGCGUUCGGUAGUGGAAGCGGCUAUGUCGGUACUGCGAUGACGGUUGGGCUUAUGGCUAACUUUGUGCUGGAGAACCAUAGAGUCUAUUCGGCCUAG